CUUCCGUCCGUUUGGCGUUACGUGCGCGUCUCGCAGGUGCUGAAGGACAGCAGCCUCAGCAUCACACGGCUUCACCGCUGCGAGACUCGGGGCUGGCGUCAGGAAAGAACUCAGCGCACGGAAGGAAGAUGGUAGCGAAGCAGAGGAUUCGAAUGGCAAACGAAAAGCACAGUAAAAACAUCACACAGAGGGGGAACGUAGCCAAGACCCUGCGACCACAGGAAGAGAAAUACCCAGUUGGACCAUGGCUAUUGGCUCUCUUUGUUUUUGUUGUAUGUGGAUCAGCCAUCUUUCAAAUUAUCCAGAGCAUUCGGAUGGGCAUGUAAGAAUCUUCACUUUUCUGGGGGCUCCUUUCCUCUUUGAAAUUUCAGACACACGUAGGGAGUGGCAUUCUUAAGAGACAGAAAUGAAAGAAGUGGAAAGGAGGGAACGCAAACAUUUUCUGUGGAUUCUGCCAGCAUAUUCACUUCUACAUGCCUAGACGAGUGGAAUACCCAUGGCAUUAGAGAUGCUUGGCUCUUUUUUUUUUUUUUUUAAACUGACGCUGUGGAUUAACCAAAAUGAUUGGCUCUAACAGUGGGGUCUGUGUUUCAUUUUUAUUCACAUGACUAAUGUAUUGUGAAUCUAUGUGAGUGCUCAGUCUCAUGUAUUGAUAUUCAUUUGUAAGAUACAGUAUGUAUGUUUGAUAUAGAGCAAUAGUAAAUUUUGCAAAUAAAAUUUUAUCUGUUUA